AUGGCAGCUGCAGCCCCGGCGACGCCGCAGCGCCCAUUGCCCGGCGCCUUUAUGAACACACCGGCGCCUCCGCAGGGCUCUACCAUCUUCUUCAACAAUGCCGCGACUUUGCGCCAGAACCAACCGCAAGCGCCAACCGAGACCGCGGCCAGUACGAUUAGCACACAGACCACAGCGCCCGUGGAGCGUGCAGCUCGCACCAUCAACGACACUCUGGCAGGAGAGGAGCGAUUUCCAGAGCUCGAGUCGUACGUGACCCAAGGUACAAGCGGAGAAUAUGAGCUGCCCACAAGUCCGGCGUGGCUACCAUUCCAGAGGCUGAAGAAUCAUGAUCUUCCGCCAAGAUUGAUGGAGCAGGUCGGACUGGCGGGAAUGGGCAUGACCCUGGGCAUCUUCCCUCCAUUGGGCCAUGGAUGGGUUGCAGUGGACAACUGCCUCUACCUCUGGGAUUAUUCCCAUCCGAACCCAGAGAUUAUCGGCUUCGAAGAGUGUACGCAUCCCAUCACCAGUGUCCAAUUGGUCACACCCAAGCCGGGAGUCUUUGUUGCCGACAUCAAGCACAUGAUUGUGAUUUGCACAGCAGAAACGAUGCUGUUGCUUGGAGUUGCCACCCCAACCACUCCCACCGGUGCACAAACAGUCGCGCUGUACGACACGAGGAUGCAGAUUCCCAUCAGAGGGCUCGCGGUCAAUAUCGUGGAAUGCUCGAGGAAGAGCGGGCGCAUCUUCUUCUCCGGAACCACAUCAGACGACAUAUACGAGUUCCACUACCAACAGGACGAAGGCUGGUUUAGAGGUAGAUGUAGUCGUAUCUGUCACACCAAGUCAUCGACAAACUUCCUCUCGGACAAUAUCGCCGCCGUGGGCUACAUUUUUGGGUCCCGGGAACAAGCCAAGACUUUCAGGCAAAUCGCCAUCGACGACUCCCGAAACCUGUUGUACACGCUCAGCACUACAAGUGAGAUCAAAGUUUGGCUCAUCAAGGAUCGACUGGAUGGCGGUCUCACGCGACUUUUGCCUUCUUUGCUCCAAAACACCGGACAUUUUAACAGCCGCACCGAGCUGCUCCAAGGGAGAGAUGUUGCGAUUGCUUCUCUCAGCGUCAUCCCGGCGACCGAAGCACGCAAAGUCAGCAUGAUGGCUACCACCAACACAGGCUGCAGGCUGUACUUGUCCGUCACGCGUGGAUAUGGCUACCAAGCAGACGCGCAAAACCCACCCACAAGCAUCCAGAUCCUGCACAUUCGCUUCCCCCCGACAGAUCCCCAUGCACCACGAGCGCCGAUACAGCAAAAUCAAACAGCUGUUGGCGCGUACAACCCCAGCGGACAAGGCGACAGCAGUUCGAGAUAUCUCACACCGACGACAAAUGCCACCCGCUUUCCGCCCGGUUACUGGAUGGCAACUGGCCCAAAUCCGGAUGGCACUACCACCCCCAAGCUCUUCUGCGCGGCAUUCGACUCAGCGCGGCUCAAAAAUCCGCAGGACACGGCCCAGCUGAAGGACCGCUUUGCGGAGUAUGGCCAGUGGAUUGACCUUCCGGAUGGGUUUGAACAGAUCUUGACCAUGAACGACGAUUUCGCUGCUGCCGGUGAGCCUACUGGAUUUGGCAAUGAGCUGGCCGUACAAUUUGACAAGACCUCAUCUGAAUUUGCCAUUGUGACGUCUUCGGGCAUUCAGACCAUCCGCCGGAGAAGACUCGUCGACAUCUUUGCGUCAAUCAUGAAGUAUGGAUCAUCAGAUGAUGAAGGUCUCGAGGGAGAUAUCAAGCGGUUCGUGCGAACGUAUGGCCGAGGUGAGACCGCCGCGACUGCGCUUGCCGUCGCAUGCGGUCAGGGCGUUGAUGUUGCUGACAGCCGCGUCGCCAACGUCACUGAUCCCGAGGUCAUUGAGAAAGCCCGCAAAGCAUUCAUCGAACACGGUGGCAAGGCAGACUACAAUGCGAAUGCAGUCAUCGAUCAAACGGCUGCGCCCAUUGACAGUGUACGACCCAGUCCGCGGCACGAGGGAAUGGCUCUGUACAUCUCGCGUAUCGUUCGGUCAAUCUGGAAAGCCACAAUCAUCCAGGAAACAGUCGUUCCCGGCGUGGGUGUUCAGAUGGUGCCAACCAUCACAUUGGAAAAAUUGCGCUCUGUCCAGCUCAAUUUGAACUCGCUGAGAGACUUUCUCGACCGGAAUCGCAGCUUCAUUGAAGGAUUGGCAGGUCCAGAGGCUCUGAGCAGAGUCAGCUCUCGACAAGAAGAAAUUGCGCUACAGGGCGAGCAUCGUGCGAUGAACAGCCUGCUCGAGCUUAUCAGAAGCAUCACCGAGGGUAUCAGCUUCGUACUUGUUCUUUUUGACGAGCGAAUUGAGGAGAUUCUUGCUCUUCUCCAAGAAGAUAGCAAACAAAAGGCAAGAGAACUCACCUUCGAGGGACUGUUCGUCUCGCCUACUGGCCGCGACCUUGCGAAGGAACUCGUAAAGGCCAUCGUCAACCGAAACAUCGCCAACGGCAGCAACGUAGAUACUGUCGCCGAAGCGCUUCGCCGAAGGUGUGGCAGUUUCUGCAGCGCAGAUGAUGUGGUCAUAUUCAAGGCGCAAGAACAGGUCAAGCGUGCUUCCGAAGCAAACUCCACCGAGACUGGCCGUGCUCUGUUGAAUGAGAGUCACAGGCUCUUUGCCACGGUCGCGAGCAGUCUGAGUUAUGAGCAUCUCAGAUGGGCGACUGAGCGCUACGUCGAAAUGGAGUUCUUCGCUGGCGCCAUUUCACUCUGCCUAACUGUCGCCACUGAAAAGGACAAGUCAAAAAGAGCUCUCGCAUGGUUGAGGGACGACAGACCAGAACCAGAUGCGAGAAAAGAAGCUUUCGACAGCCGUAGUGAAUGCUACAAUCUCAUAUUUGCAACGAUCGAAGCGCUCGAUCGUACAACGGCAGACCAGCCCGAGCUCGUGGAUGGAAGGUAUACACUGGCAGUCAGGAGACGCAACGAGGCGUACACACUCAUUGAUGACUCGGAUGAUCUUGUUUUCCUCACUUGUCUUUACGACUGGUACGUGGAGAGACUGCAGCAACCUGAUCGCCUCCUCAAGAUCGAGAACCCCUACGUCGUGGAAUACCUUCGCAAACGUAGUCAGGACAGCAGAGGCCACGCCGACCUACUUUGGCGUUACUUCGCCCACUACAACGACUACCUCCAGUCGGCUUCCACCCAACUCGAGAUCGCGCAGUCACACUUUGAAAUUAGCUUGGAGGAUCGCAUUGGCUACCUGUCGCGGGCUCGGACCAACGCCAGCACCCGCCAGACAGCGAUCACAGAUUCUCGCCAAACCAAGCAGAAGCUUCUCCGCGAAGUGUCUGACCUUCUCGAGAUCGCCAGUGUUCAAGACGAGAUCCUCAAUCGUGUCCGCAGUGACCCGCGCUACAGCGGCGAAGAAGCCCGCCUCGUUCACAUUCGAGCCCUCAACAGCCAAAUUCUUCCAGUGGAGACCCUCUUCAACAACUUUACAGAUCCAGGCAGCUAUCACGAUCUGUGCAUUAUGCUCUACCAAGUCGCGGACCACCGCAACCCCGCAGACAUUCUGGCCUCAUGGCAGCAGCUGAUUACGCAAACGAGCAACGAAGCGCCUGCACUUUACGGCACUCAGCGUGCUCCAUGGGAAGCAGUCGGCGCCAAAGUCCGCGAACUUGGAAGGAGAUUGCACGCCGCACCCUCUACGUUCCCCAUCCAAGCGCUCCUCCCCAUGCUCGAGCGUUACGCAGCCGAGACCCCUUCCGCAAGCCAGAUCACGCAGACAUGGGCUGUGGACAUCUUCCUCGACCUGGAGAUCCCACACGAGACAUUACUCCCUGCUCUCGAGCAGAUCUAUUAUGGUAAUGAACACCCUUUUGUUGGUAACAGGAAGAAACACAUUGCGGCGAAGAUUAUCUACCUUUUGGCCGAAUGGAUGACUGCGAGUGAGAUGAGCGGUGACAGGAUUUUGUUUGGAAGUGAGGAGAAUUUGAGUAUGGUGGUCGAUAUUCUGGCGCAGUUGUUGAGAGGCRGGGCUUUGGACCCGCCGGGGCAGAGGCAGGCGGAGGAGCUGGCGGCGAAUAUUAAUCAGGCUGCGAGGUAG